UGGUGAAGGAAUUCCAGGAGUAUGUGGAGCCUGAGGAAGGAUCUCAUGGCUCCCCGCAGAGGAGAGCUCCAGUGUCUGGUCAGGAAGAUGAGGAGGUGGUUUUGCCGCUGGGUGAGAAUGUACUGACGCACAAUCUGGGCAUUCCGGUACUGGUUGUCUGCACAAAGUGUGAUGCGGUCAGUGUACUAGAGAAGGAACACGAUUACAGAGAUGAGCACUUUGAUUUCAUUCAGUCACACAUUCGCAGAUUCUGCUUACAGUAUGGUGCUGCCUUGAUUUACACAUCAAUAAAAGAAGAGAAGAAUGUUGAUCUCUUGUAUAAAUAUCUUGUCCACAAAAUGUAUGAUUUCCAGUUUACCACACCUGCCUUAGUGGUGGAGAAAGAUGCAGUUUUUAUCCCUGCAGGAUGGGACAAAGAUAAGAAAAUUGCUAUUUUACAUGAGAAUUUUGCAACGGUCAAACAAGAUGAUGCCUAUGAGGAUAUAAUCGGGAAACCCCUAGUCAAAAAGCCUGUCCAUGACAAAGAAGUGGCUGCAGAGGAUGAGCAAGUUUUCCUCAUGAAGCAACAGAAGCUAGUGUUGGGAAGCCUUCUCGAACUGAGAGACACUGGGAUCUGUGUGUUUUCAGAGGUUAUUUCAUUAGGAGAUAAUCAGAUUGUGUGAUCACACCAUACUUAUCAACAUUCGUCUUCUUGAAUUUCAAAUGUUGCUCGCUUAGUAGC